CAACACUGAAGCGUGGCAUGCUGCUACGGGCAGCGGCAUCCUGAAACCCGCACUGGCUACAGAAGCAAUCCACGCUGUCGGCUCCAAAGCUGCAACUGGAUGCAGAGCCUCAGAGAGUUACUCCCAGAUGGGAACUUCAGAGGACUGUGUGCGGUACAGGCGCACAGGUGGAUCCUCAUUCCCUGGGACCUCGGGAAUCUUAACCAGAUGGAAGAGGAGCG